AUGGAGGCUGCAAACCGUACAACAUUGACAGAGUUCAUUAUUUUGGGAUUAACGGAUAAUGUGACACUAUGUGCCAUCUUCUUUGUGAUUUUUCUAGGAGUUUACAUAGUUACCAUAGUGGGAAACAUCAGCAUAAUCAUCUUAAUCCGAAGUAGCCCACAGCUUCACACGCCUAUGUACCUUUUCCUUAGCCAUUUAGCCUUUGUGGACAUUGGGUAUUCCACAUCAGUUACACCGAUUAUGCUGAUGAGUUUCUUAAAAGAGAGAACUGCCAUCCCAAUCACUGGUUGUAUAGUCCAGCUUGCCUCUGAUGUUGCCUUUGGGACUACCGAGUGCUUCCUGCUGGCCACCAUGGCCUAUGAUCGCUACGUGGCCAUUUGUUCUCCCCUGCUCUACUCCACCCAGAUGUCCCCAGUGGUCUGCUUCUUCCUGUUGGGGGCCUCCUACUUGGGUGGUUGUAUGAAUGCUUCAUCAUUUACUGCCUGUUUGAUGAAUCUCUCCUUCUGUGGACCAAAUAAAAUCAAUCAUUUUUUCUGUGACCUCUUCCCACUCUUGAAGCUUUCUUGUGGCCAUGUUUAUAUUGCUGAGAUAUCUCCAGCCAUCUCCUCAGCAUCAGUCCUCAUCAGCACACUGUUUACCAUAAUUGUGUCCUACAGCUACAUCCUCCACUCAAUCCUGAAGAUGCACUCCACUGAGGGGAGGAAGAAGGCCUUCUCGACCUGCACCUCCCACCUCACUGCAGUCACUUUGUUUUAUGGGACAGUUUUAUUUGUUUAUGUGAUGCCCAAAUCAAACUAUUCAGCUGAUCAGGUCAAAGUGGCAUCUGUAAUCUACACGGUGGUGGUCCCCAUGUUGAACCCACUCAUCUACAGUCUGAGGAACAAGGAGGUGAAAGAGGCUAUGAGAAAACUAGUGGCCAGAGUACACUGGUUUUUCUGAAUUAAAUCAGAUAUAAAACUAUACAUAACAAACUAUUCAUUUGGGGGAUAUUUUUGCUGGAUAUUUUUAUUGAUACUUAUCAUGACUGAGUGACUAACAUACAUACACAUACAUACAUCACUAACUUUAUUGCUUUUAUAGUGAUAAGCUUCUGUAAAUAUAAAAGACCAUGUAUAAAGUUAAGUGUAUCACUAAAAUGUGUGUUUGCUUCAGUUCAGUUCAGUCGCUCAGUCGUGUCCGACUCUUUGUGACCCCACGAAUUGCA